CUCUCUCUCUCUCCCUCUCUCUCUCGAAGCAGUCUCCCAGCCUGUCAUUUGACCAGGCAGUUCACAGAGGCGAGAGCUCAGCACCAAAAAGAAAGCAGAGGAAAAAAACAGAGCCAGAGGGAAAGGUUGCCUGUUCAAUAUAACGAUAAGCCUGCUGGAAUGUUUCUCUCGUUGCUUUAUUACUCGAUGUAAAAAAAAAAAAAAAAGAAGAGAGAGACUGUGAGUGUGGAUUUCUUCUUGGCUGCUUCUUUUUCUGGACUCUCACGUUUUGGCUUCUUGGAUGUUGGCUUCAACUCUGUUUGCCGUCCACUGAAGAGGAGAAGGAUCAAGGGACAUCUUUUUGGUGGAUUUACACUUGGAGGAGUGAACCUCUGCUGGGGGUGAGGGUGAGAGAGGGAGACAGACAGAGACAGAGAGAGAGAGAGAGAGAGAGGCAGAGAGAGGGGGGAGAGUGCCGGGCCAUGCCCACCUCUGCUCAUGGUUCAACAGCAUGAAAGGGGGCCACCACCACCAUCGCCACCACCGAGGCUGUGGCUGCCAGCACUUGUUCCGUAAAGUCCUGGUCAAGUGUGGCUGCUGCUAUGCCAGAGUCAGAGACUCGUACUCGGCAGCAGGCAGCGAGGGCAGCAUCUCCACCUCCGUGGCGUCCCUGCCCCCGCAGGCCUCGGGCAGCUCGGCCCCGAGCUCCCCGGGAUCCCGGCGCUCCGUCAGCACCUUGAAGAAGUGGCUCACGAACCCCGUCCGCAAGCUCAGUGUCGGCUCGGCGACCAAAGGAGAGCGCCAGGUCCGCAAGCUGGAGGGAAAACCUCCGUCUCUUUCGUCCCACAGCCAGAGUCAAGACCUGAACAGCCUCCCGAGGCCGGACGAGCCUCUCACCAUCUUACCCGUCACCCACAGAGAACUGGAGUGGAAAGACGGCCUGGCGAGUCCUGAGGACCUGUCACCAGCUACACUACAGUCACCCAGCUUCAUCACGGACUCUCUGAUUGGCUGCACGUCUCUGCCGAAUGCUCAGGACACUCAGUCCACCAGCGUCCUGCCCGACGACAGCGGCUCGGUCCUGCUGGAUGACACCUCCAGCCAGUGGUCCGCCGCCGCCGACACCGAGGAGGAGAGGAGGAGUGCCUUAGAGAAAAGCACGUAUGUACUGAAGGAGCUUAUCGAGACGGAGAAGCACUACGUGGCAGACCUGGGACUCAUAGUGGAGGGCUACAUGGGAACGAUGAUGUCUAAAGGGGUGCCAGAAGACAUGAAGGGAAAAGACAAGAUUGUUUUUGGAAAUAUCCACCAAAUAUUUGACUGGCAUAAAGACUACUUCCUGGGAGAGCUGGAGAAGUGUUUGGCAGAGCCUGAGAGGCUGGCUCAGCUCUUCAUUAAACAUGAGAGGCGUCUGCAUAUGUAUGUAGUUUACUGUCAGAACAAGCCCAAGUCGGAACACAUCGUGUCAGAGUAUAUUGAGACAUAUUUUGAGGAGCUCCGGCAGCAGCUGGGACACAGGCUGCAGCUCAACGACCUGCUCAUCAAACCCGUCCAGAGGAUUAUGAAGUACCAGCUACUGCUGAAGGACUUCCUCAAGUAUAACACCAAAGCUGGGAUGGACACAGAGGAGCUGGAAAAAGCAGUAGAAGUGAUGUGCUUUGUGCCAAAACGAUGCAACGACAUGAUGAAUGUGGGUCGACUACAAGGCUUCGAGGGGAAGAUCACAGCCCAGGGCAAGCUGCUCCAGCAGGACACCUUCACCGUCACCGAGCAGGACAGCAGCUUCCUGUCUCGGGCCAAAGAGCGACGCAUCUUUCUGUUUGAGCAGCUGGUCAUCUUCAGCGAGCCCAUCGACCGGAAGAAAGGCUUCUCGCUCCCUGGAUACACCUUCAAAAACAGCAUCAAGGUGAGCUGUCUCGGGGUGGAGCCCAGCCCGGACGGGGACGAGUCUCGCUUCGUGCUGACGUCCCGUAACCCCGACGGCAGCGUGGUGCGCUUCCAGCUGCAGGCCGCCUCCCCGGACAUCUGCAGGGCCUGGGUCAACGAUGUGGUGCAGAUCUUGGAAAGCCAGCGCAAUUUCCUCAAUGCCUUACAGUCACCGAUUGAGUACCAGCGGAGGGAGAGCAAGUCGAAUAGCCUGGGCCGCAGCAUGAGGCCCCCCCUCUCUGCCGCCAGCGCCCUGCGGCCUCACUCCUCCGCCUCCAUCGACCGCCACAAGCUGCCGUCCCUCCACUCCCACAACACCUCCCUGCCCGCCCUCUACCUGCCCAGCCAGGGCCCCGGCCAGGGCUCCAACGGGAGCUGCUCGCUCAAAGACCCCACCCUGGUCCAGCCGUGCCCUGCUGACCCCCACACUGUAUCCCCGUCACACGUCCAGCUGGGCUUCGCCGAUCAGCCAAACUGUCCGGCCGUCUCCAACGGUCUCUACACCCCGGCCGCGCAGAGUGCACAGCAGAGAGCAGGAGAGGGCUGCCGCAGGGGUCAGGCCGCCGACGGCCAGGCUCCACCGUCAGGCCCCUCGGCCGGGCGACGUCCCAGCAACCUGGCGCAGCUCGACGAGGACGACCUUUGAACUCUGGUGCCGUGCAUCACCUGGGUCGGCGAGACGGCAGCUCGGGUCGCAGCUGUGAAGACAAGACUUUGAUUCCAGGUCGGACGCUCAACCUGGGUCACGACUUCUGGUGGAUUCUGAAGGAAUCUGAAGGAACAUUUGAAGGAUUGACAGGCUGCAGAUAUAUGUAUAUUAAAACACACACACAAAAAUUUGCUCCUUUCUUGAGAGCAACUGAAAGGGAGGCGACACAGCCUGAAUCACCUGGUGUACAUGAGCAGCACCUGGUGAGAGGUUAUGAAACUCUUCAUGGACACUCACCGUUAUUAUAGUUUCUGUUUUAUUUUGUUUUUGUUUUUGUUUUUUUACCUUUUAAGAGAGUCUGUAUUUCACUAUUCUCUCUAUCAAAGGCAAGGGGAAUUUGUUCAAUGAUUCCAUUCCUGAUUGGGGCAGUCACUGGAGUUGCGCAUGUGUCUGAAUGCUUAUCAAAUGUGUGUGUGCGCGCGUGUGUGUGUGUAUGCGUGCGUGUGUGAGGAGUGGCUCUUCUUGUACCUUCUGGUAAAUUUCUGAUUUGUUCCGAAGCCCCAUUGUGAAGUUAAUGCAGCUUGUUUAGUCGGACUUUCCCCACUCCCCUGCCGACAGCUGAGUUUGCGGUUGGCGUCGACGGGAAGGGGAAAAGGCAGCACACUUGAUGUGAACGCGCCACGCGGACUUUUCCUCACUCAGAUUUCACACUUUCAGGUGAAGGUGAAGAACUUUCUUUCUCGCCACAGUGCUGAGAGCCCCGGUGCGCUCUAUUAUUCUGUUUGACCGGCCCUCUUUUGAUCUGGACCAGGAGGCAUGAGGGAGCUCCCUGGAGGUUCUCUGUGGGUGUGACGUCACUCCAGAACGCUCUUUGCUCUUCGGGAAACCCCAGAGGAGUUGCAAGGAGUCUGCAUUCAAAGGGCCUGCUGUGCUGACCCCAGAGUGCUGCAUGCAACAUCUCCUGAGUGAAUGGCCGGCACAGUGCAACACAAACCAUGCUGAAGUGGGCUGCUUGUGCUUUUAUGAACAGGAGUUCCUUCAAAAUGAGUAUGUUUUUUUUUUUUUUUUAGUCCACUGCUGUCAUGUCAAGGCUGUGCACCGUUUCUAUAAUCUCUGUUAGCGUUUGCCCUCAUGGGCCAGAAAUUGUACAGUGCAUACAUACCAUAAAGGCAAUCAUCCGUUUCCACUCUCAAGGUGACCCAGGUAUGCCGAGAAGUAUCACCGCUGGUCAGAACGGAGGGCGAGGAUGUGUUGCUGCAUAAACAAGAGUAAUGCUGACAAAUCUGCAUGCUCCCUCUUCCUCAACAGUGCCAAAAACCCGCCGCAGCACAACACUCAAGUGUUUCAGGCUCUUACUCUAUACUUCGGGCUUGCCAAUACUCUCACAGAGCAAUCGCAGAUCCCAUGAGAAACAGGCGGAGGAGAGCGGGACGGAUACCAGGGGGCUGCCCUGUCCCCUCUCUCCUGCGCCGCGGCCAGUAGAGGUCCUCAUCAGGCUUUCACUUCCAAUUAAGUUGGAUCAUACAGCUGCACCAAAGAUCAGUAGGCCUCAUAUUUCAGCGCUGACGUUCAAGCUUCUUAACAAUCAGUCCUGCAAAACCAACGUAUAAAUCAUAAUGAACUGAAAGUUGUGACAGCCAUCUCACAGAACCAGCAGUUCGUGUGAACUGGUGAGUUUUUAUGGGGAUUACCGUUCAGGCAGUGUUGCAUGGAACACAAAGGAAAACCACUACAGAGAACCAAAAAAGGACACACAACAAGGGAGGGUUGGUUAACGCCAUGUUUGACUGAUUAGAAACAGUUGUACAAUAUCAAAUAAAGAAAAAGUGUUUUUUUGAACAUGA